AAUGUUACAAAAUCUCAUUGAACUUUAGCAAACUUCAUUUGUUUGGGAAUAAAGCUUUAGAAGAAAUAGCCUUAAGUUGAAAUUAUUGUUUUAAAAAAUAAAUGAAGUUUAGUGAAGUUUAGUAAGGCUUAUUAAAAUGUUUAGGAUUCUUUAUAAUGGCUGAAGAAGAAGAGUUAAUAGAUAUACAAGAAAUCGGUCUUGUACAUGAAGACCGUGAAGCCCCAUAUAUCAUAGUAGAUGAUGAUCAAGAUGUCAUCCAACCGUCAAGGCCCGUACCAAACAUUCUGCUGGAUCGCAAAGACUUAAACAGCAGUUGGAUAGAUGAAAAGCUGACGGCGGAUCAAAACAGCUUUACUGAAGACGGCGGCGAAAGUGUCGAUGCGUUUCCAGCAACAAAACCUACACUUAGUAUUAAACAUGCCAGACCAGUCGCAAGAAAUUUUUCCGAGGUGUUCACCAAGAAAACACAUCCAGCCGAGAGAAUGUCCAGCGUUCCUGACAUGCGGACAAAACUGGCUACACGAUCGUCCCUCUCACGUUGUGGUUCCCGUGUUCAAGAUGUACCACGACCACAGAUAGAUGUCAAACCAAAAGAUUCGGCACUUGACUUCCUUCGCUGUACUACGCAUAAUGAAGAAAAGGAAAAACAGCUUCAAAAGAUAAUAGAUAAAAGCAACUCAACCUUACAGAAACACAGAACAAAAUCAGAUGUUCUCAAACUCUGCAUAAAGACGAAUUCAUACGAAAAAGCAUACAAGAAAUUAAAAGAAAAAAGAUCAAUUCUUAUAACUGGCAAGGCUGGAAAGGGAAAAACGCAUCUUUCUCUCGACAUUUUGAUGGCUUUCAUGGAGGAAUUCCAAGAUUACAAACCCAUGAUAAUUGAGACCCCAUUCGAUUUAACCUAUCUUGAGGACACAGCCGCGUGCAUUGUAGUAUAUGCUGAUGGACUUUUAGGUGACAGUGACAACUUGGAUCCGGCUGUAAAUGGUUGGCGACACAUUGUGAAAUACAUCACUACACUUAUUAAAAGAAAAAGAAUUUGUUUCAUAUUCUCUUCUAACAUAGAAGAUAGGGAUAAUAUGGCAUAUAAAACACUUUUAGUAAAUGGCUUACUACACGAGGAUAGUGAAAUUUGUUUAGAUGAUAAAGAAUUUGAAUUGACACACAAACAACAAAACAAAAUGCUAACUCUCUACUCCAAACAUUUUUGUAAACCACUGUACACCAAUCCGAACGCAAUUGACAAGUUCGUACAAUGCCAUGAUCAGUCACUAGGAUUUCCGUUAGUUUGUACCUUGGUCGGUAUGGGGGGAUCGCCGGAAUUAUUUGCUAACCCGUACCAUGCACUUUGUGACUUCAUAGCUGAGCAGCACGAUCACCAUUUCUCUAGCUUUUUCCUGCUGGUACUUGUCCUAAUUACCGAAGAGAAUUGUUCUUUAUUACAAUUUCAGCAUGAAAAUCAUUCGACAUUUCAAAAACUUUCAGAAGUUCUAAAAAGUUCAACGUGCACUCAUUCAGAAGUAUGCAUAGGACUGACUAGAUUGAAGCGACAAAAUAUUCUAUAUGAAGAAGAAUCUGGUGACAUUAGUUAUACUCAUGAAAUAAUUGCAACUGCUGUUCUAAAUUUCAUGCUUACAAACUACAACAAAGACGAACUCAUACCUCUUUUACCCUUAAAGGUUACGAAUAGUUUAAUGCUUCUUCCAAAUUGGUACUUUCAGCACCUAAAUCCAAAUGUUUUUACCCUUAAACAAGAUAUUGAAUCUUCCACCGUUGUUCUCAGAGCAAUUGUGUCACGAUUUAGUGAUAUUCUAGAUUCCAAACGACCAAUCCACUUUUUAAAAGUAGCAAUGUCGCCCGUUUGGAUGCUUUCGUCAUUUGUAGACAUAUUAUACUCUGUACUUGGUUUUCAAUUCUUUUUUAUAGAAGACAUCGAGAAAACUCCACUAAGUGCCUACCUGGUGCGCGUUGGAAAUGUUGCUGUUAUUGCAAAACUAGUCGACUAUAUGCUUGCAAAGCCACCACAAAUAGUGUCUAUGAUGGGUAAAGCAAUUGAAAAUACGAAGGCAGAGGCAUGUCGGUGUAAUGAAUAUGAUACUGUUAUACACUUACUCAAACUUUCUGACGUCCUAGAUGUUCAUUUAGUUAAUGCAGCAAUUGAAGGUGGAGACAAAGACAUUUUAGAUCUAAUUUGGCCCGAUCAUUUGCAAGUUGCUUCAAGGGACAUGUUACAAUUGGCAUGCAAGUCAGGAACGGAAGAAGUUUUUAACUACAUUUUUAGUAAAUUUGAAUCUGGGCUAAAUAGCAGGCCUUCGAAACUACUCGAAAUGCGUAAACAAAAUAGUAAAGGUGAGACGUUACUUCACUACGCAGCUGUUGGUGGGAAUACUGCAAUAUUUGACUAUCUAUUAAAUCAAAGAUGCGACCAAACAGUUCACACACAUGAGGGAAAUACUGUUCUUCAUUUAGCUGCAAUGUUUGGUCGUUAUGAAUUGGUACGCCUUCUUUGUUCUAGAUUUCCGGAUCUCUUAAGAGAGAAAAACAAUUUAGAGUUUACAUGUAUUCAUUUAGCUGCAAGAGAAGGACAUGGAGAUGUUCUACAGAGUCUUGUUGCUAGGGAAUCUAGCAUCAAAGAACUAUCUAAAGGAGAAAACACGGUAUUACACCUCGCCGCAGCCAACGGACAUACAGAAAUCAUUAGAUUUAUACUUAGGUCGAAUUCCGAUCAGCAAAACGUGACAAACGACAAAGGUUUCAUACCUGUACAAAUGGCAAUUAAAUACGGAAUGAUAGAAACGUUAAAAUUGUUCUUACAAUCAGGAACAAGUUCAGGUACUAAAACGGUUGACAACAGAACAUUUUUGCAUCUUGCAUCAUAUUUUGGUCAAAUGAACGUCGUAAAGUUCUUAUGCACCACAAGACCAGAACUUUUAAAGGAGGUGGAUAUAGAAGGAAAUACAGUAGGACAUGAUGCAGCUGCUAGCGGGAACGUUUCGGUUAUGACUUACCUUAUUGAAAAAGGUUUUGAUCCUCUGUCUAGAAACAAGUAUGAAACUACGCUUUUACAUGAGGCAAGUUUUCAUGGACAUUUUGGAAUGGUUAAAUAUCUAAGCAUCACUUUUCCAGAUCUUCUGUGUACUGUCAAUGCUUCCGGUUAUACUGCUUGUUUUGGGGCAGCGAUAUGUGGUAGCGUUGAAAUAUUGAAAUUUCUAGUUGACAAAGGUGUUGACACACUGCUUCCUGCUCUAGACGGAAGUACAGUCUUGCACGAAUCUGCAUUUAGUGGCAAGCUUGAAAUUGUACAGCAUCUAUGUACAACGUAUCCACAGUUACUAAAAACACCAAAUAACAAGUCAUAUUUGCCGUGUCAUUUUGCUGCUCAAGAGGGUCAUCUGGAGGUUUUAGAUGUAUUACUUACUGGAAUGAAACCUCCAUUACCAACAACAGAUGACAACCAAACGUUAUUACAUAUUGCGUCGUACAAUGGCAUGCUUCAUAUUGUAAAAUAUCUUUGCAAGAAAUUCCCAUCGAUAACAUCUGCUCUUGACAACGAAGGUUCACUAGCUACUCACUACGCCGCACGUGGAAACGAUGUUCAGAUGCUCCAAUUUUUAUUAGAUCAAGGACUGCGUCCAGACGCAGGAACUCAAUCUGGAAGUACGAUUCUUCAUCUAGCCGCAUAUGACGGCAAUGCUGACAUGGUCAGCUAUCUUUGCGAAAAAUAUCCGCAGCUUAUACACGUCCAGGACACAACUGGCUAUAGCGCAGCCCAUUACGCAGCAGGAAGCGGAAAUAUUCCAUUGCUUUUGAAUAUUCUACAAUAUGGAAUCGAUCCACACAUAAAGUCUAGUAACGGCAGUACCUUACUACUCAAGGCAGUUUAUAAUGGGAGAAAACCUAUGGUUAAAUAUCUAUGUACGGAAUAUCCCGAUCUCAUUUCUAUGACAGACGCAUUUGGCUGUAACGUUCUUCACUAUGCUGCUUGUGACGGUAAUGUUAAAAUCAUACAAUAUAUGAUUGACAAGGGAGUUAAUCCAGCAUCGCGGACAAAUGAUGGUCACACUAUAUUACAUGUGGCAGCAUUUCACGGUCAACUAGAAGUUAUACGUCAAAUCUGUGAGGACUAUCCGAACUUAGUGCACGUGAAAGACAACAGUGGUAAAACUGCAGAAGAAACUGCAACUGAACAUAAUAGAACAAAAGCUGCAAAUCUUAUUCGGUCUCUUAGCGUAGUGAAUCAAGUUGAGAUAACAGAUUCCGUCUUACUUUCUGAUGUGUGUUGCUGCCUUGGAACAAACUGCUUCGGUGGAAUAUGGCGAGCCAUUGGCAACAUUUGCUGUUGUGGCAGGAGAGGACAGUAAACUAAUGCAUCUAACUGACACCGAAAUCGUUAACUAGAGCACUUUUUGACAAACUUUUUGAAAACAUCAUGUUUAAAAUGCAUUUUACUUAAACGGCUAAGCGUAAAAUGUAUUAAAUCCGAAUUCUGAAUGAUUACCUUACGGCAUACUUAUAUUAAUACCAUACAUCAAACUGUAAAUUGUUAAGUAAACGUUUUGACCUUUGAUAAAUAUUAAAUGAUUCGAUGAAGAAGAAUUUUCCUCACUCGUGCAUUUUCAACCUCAUUAUUUUACGAAAACAGGCAAGGGAAGUUAAGAUUGACUUGUAUUUUCUUUGGUAAAAGAGAAUAGAAUUAAGUAUCAUUAUAUAUAUAUAGUUAAUACAUAGAAUCUAUGCAGUGGUGUAUUUUAGAAAACCGUUUGCAUUAAUAUUCUCUGAAUAGAAUAUAACGGGUUUUAUGUCUGCAUAUUGUAUUCAAUAUAUAAUAAAAUAUAUUAUGAUA